AUGACUGACGUUGAUACCUCAAAGACUAGUGAAGGUACUGCUAGAGUCUUUCCAAAGAUGAGCGAAUCGUUCUUUUCUGAUGAUGAAUCUUCUGUUACCGAUGAAUCUGUUGUUGAAGAUAAUAUUGAUAAUGAUGAUACAUUUGUUAACGAGGCCGAGAAUGAUGGGUUUGUUAGUACUCAUAACGGUGCAAAUCCUGUGAAGAAACCUAACAGAUCUGUUAGGGCAAGAAAGAAAGCUGCAAAUGAUGCAAUGAAUAUGUUAGCCCAAAAGGAUCAAAGUUUUCUAAGCCAUGCAAAUACAGAUAUUCCGGCAGAUUUCCAACCAGAUACUGUUUCAGGUAUGUUUAGAUCUCAUGACUUCAGUUAUUUGAAAUUAAGACCUGAUCAUUCUUCGAGACCUAUUUGGAUUUCUCCAAGUGAUGGUAGAAUUAUUCUAGAAAGUUUCUCACCUUUGGCUGAACAAGCACAGGAUUUCUUAGUUACUAUAGCUGAACCUAUCAGUAGACCAUCUCAUAUCCAUGAAUAUAAGAUUACAGCGUAUUCUUUAUAUGCAGCUGUAUCUGUGGGGCUUGAAACUGACGAUAUUAUUUCUGUGUUAGAUAGAUUAUCCAAAGUUCCUGUUGCACAAUCAAUCAUUGAUUUCAUUAAAGGUGCUACUGUCUCGUAUGGUAAGGUUAAACUAGUUAUCAAACAUAACAGAUAUUUCGUUGAAACCACACAGGCCGAUAUUUUACAAAUGCUAUUAAGAGAUUCAAUUAUUGGUCCAUUAAGAAUUGAUAGUGAACAGCAACAAAUGGAUGGUGAACAGGAUCAAGCAAAUGAUACCAAAACUUCUGAUACAAAAGCUAAUGUCAACCCAAAUGAUGUCGAAGCAAUGUUUAGCGCUGUUGUAGGUGGUGAUAAUGAAAGAGAUGAAGACGAAGACGAUUUGGAUGCAGUCCACGCUUUUGAAAUUGGUAACGAAGCUGUUGAAAUUGUGAAGAAAAGAUGUCAAGAGAUUGAUUAUCCAGUUUUAGAAGAAUAUGAUUUCAGAAAUGAUCAUCGUAAUCCUGAUCUAGAUAUCGAUUUGAAACCAUCUACCCAAAUUAGACCAUACCAAGAGAAGUCUUUAAGUAAGAUGUUUGGUAAUGGUCGUGCAAGAAGUGGGAUUAUUGUUUUACCAUGUGGUGCAGGUAAAACUUUAGUUGGUAUUACUGCCGCAUGUACCAUCAAAAAGUCUGUGAUUGUUCUAUGUACAUCAUCUGUCUCUGUUAUGCAAUGGAGACAACAAUUUUUGCAAUGGUGUACUUUACAACCAGAGAAUUGUGCUGUUUUCACUUCAGAUAAUAAAGAAAUGUUCCAAACAGAAUCUGGUCUUGUCGUCUCUACAUAUUCCAUGGUUGCUAAUACAAGAAAUAGAUCUCAUGACUCCCAAAAAGUUAUGGAUUUUUUAACCGGUAGAGAAUGGGGGUUCAUUAUUCUUGAUGAAGUUCAUGUCGUUCCAGCAGCUAUGUUCCGUAGAGUCGUUUCUACUAUUGCUGCACACGCUAAGCUUGGGUUGACUGCUACAUUAGUCAGAGAAGAUGAUAAAAUUAGUGAUUUGAAUUUCUUAAUUGGUCCAAAAUUAUACGAAGCCAACUGGAUGGAACUAUCACAAAAAGGUCAUAUUGCUAAUGUUCAAUGUGCAGAAGUAUGGUGUCCAAUGACUGCAGAAUUUUACCAAGAAUACUUAAGAGAAUCUGCAAGAAAGAGAAUGCUUCUAUACAUUAUGAAUCCUACAAAAUUCCAAGCAUGCCAAUUUUUGAUUCAAUAUCACGAAAGAAGAGGUGAUAAAAUUAUUGUCUUUUCAGAUAAUGUGUAUGCGCUACAGGAAUACGCUCUAAAGUUAGGUAAACCAUUUAUUUAUGGUUCUACUCCACAACAAGAACGUAUGAAUAUUUUGCAAAACUUCCAAUACAACGACCAAAUUAAUACUAUAUUUUUAUCAAAGGUUGGUGAUACCUCUAUUGAUUUACCAGAAGCUACUUGUCUGAUUCAAAUAUCCUCUCAUUAUGGUUCCCGUCGUCAAGAAGCACAGAGAUUGGGUAGAAUUCUAAGAGCUAAGAGACGUAAUGAUCAAGGUUUCAACGCAUUCUUUUACUCAUUAGUAUCCAAGGAUACCCAAGAAAUGUACUACUCAACAAAGAGACAGGCUUUCUUAGUUGAUCAAGGUUACGCAUUUAAGGUCAUCACACAUUUACAUGGUAUGGAAAAUCUACCUAAUUUGGCCUAUGCUUCUGCAAGAGAACGUAGAGAAUUGUUGCAAGAGGUUCUAUUAAAGAAUGAAGAAGCUGCUGGCCUUGAAGUUGGUGAUGAUGCUGACAAUUCUAUUGGUCGUGGUUCUAACAUUCAUAAGAGAUUUAAGUCUAAGGCAGUCAGAGGUGAAGGUUCACUAGCUGGUUUAGCUGGUGGUGAAGAUAUGGCAUAUAUGGAAUAUAGUACCAACAAGAACAAGGAAUUGAAGGAACAUCAUCCUUUAAUCCGUAAAAUGUAUUACAACAACCUAAAGAAAUAA